CCCGCUUCAGACAUGACACCGGCCGAACCCUCCAAAACAUCACCAGAAGAACAACGCGCUGAAGCUGACAAGCUCGUCGCGGAGGGUAAGAAAGCUAUCGCUCUGAGAAAGUGGGAGGAGGGAGUUGGAAAAUAUGGUCAAGCUUUGGACAUCAUGCGAGGACUGGUAGGAGAGUUUGAUCCUGCUAUGGCCCCUCUUCUCCUCAGCUACGGAAAGGCAUUGUACGAACUGGCCGUUUCAACACAAGGUGCAUUAGGGAAAGAAGAAUUGGAUAAACAAGCUGUCGCACAAAUGGAAGAAGAAUCAUCCGGAAAUCUCAUAAUCUCAGCCGACAUCGAAGACGAUCAAACUCCCGUCGACCCAAUCGACGACGACGACGCACCAGAAGAGGAAGCACCUCAAGAAGAAGGUGAAGAUUUGGAAGAUGAUUUCAACGCCGCUUGGGAUGUUUUAGAUAUGGCUAGGACGAUAUAUGAGAAGAUGGUGAAAGAUUCGGAAAGUGAGGAUGUCAAGUUGAAUUUGGCUCAAUGUUAUGUCGCUUUGGGUGAUGUGAGUUGUGAGACUGAAAACUUCGUUCAAGCAGUACAAGAUUACACUUCCGCACUUAACCUUCAAACCCCACUUCUACCCCCUUUCUCCCGAGUACUAGCAAGUGUACAUUAUCAACUUUCCUCUGUCCUUGAAUUCGUCCCUGAUCGUAGAGCGGAAGCUUUAGAUCACGUACAUUCCGCUUUAAAAGGAUUUCAAGCUCGUCAAAAAAACGAAACUUCAUCAAAAGAUCAGAAUGCAAGUGUUGAAGGAGAAAUAUCAAAAAUGUCAAUUAAAGAACUUGAAAAUGAAUUGAAAGAUGUCGUUUCACUCAUUGAUGAUUUAGAAGCCAAAAUUGAAGAAUUGAAAUCUGCACCUGAACCAACGGAUUUCGUAAAAGAAAGUAUCACACAUUUAUUGGGAGGUUUAGAUUCUGGAUCUUUACCUUCUUCUUCUUCUUCUUUCCAUGAACAAAAUGAAAUCAAAGUUAACGAUUUAAGUGGUUUAGUAAAGAAGAAACCUCCCAAGAAGAAUAUCCAAUCGACACCAAUGUCCAAUUCAGUGCCUUCUGCUUUUCCUGCUAUCAUUUCAGACAAAGCUGGUGUUGAAUUUGCGGCUGGGGAGGUCAUAUCAGGACGAGAGGGAAAGAAUGGGAUGACGUCGGAGGUGGAAGUAAAGAAGGAUGGAGAGAAGGAGGGGAAAGUGGAGAGUAAUGAGGAGAAAGUGGUUAAUGGAGAAGAUGAAUUUGGGGAGAAGAGGAAAGCGGAGCAAGAGGAAUUGGUUAAAAACAAGAAAAUCAAAUUGUAA